GGUUAUCAGUUUUUGAGUUUGUUUUGUUUCUGGGAGAGCAUUCAUUCGAUCAGCCCUGCCACCUUCCUCUUGAAGGCUGAAAAAAAUGUGUUGUUUGUCCGCGAUUCUCUUCAGCCACAGGGCCUACCUCAAUCAUUCAAGCUCAAGCUUUGGAGUGAUACGUAGAUAUGUUAAGAGCUGAUGUUAUGCCAACGAGUUAUACGUUCUCGUCGUUGAUCAAGGCUUGUAGCUCAGUAUCGGCUCUUGGGUUCGGUGAAGCUAUACAGUGUCAAGUUCGGAAAAAUGGGUUUAGUUCACAUGUGUUUGUUCGGACUGUUUUGAUUAAUUUCUACUCGAAUUUGGGUAAAAUUGGUACAUCGAAGAGGGUGUUUGAUGAAAUGGUUGAAGGAGAUGUUUUCACAUGGACCGUGAUGGUUUUGGCUCAUGUUCGGGCAUGGGAUUUGAAUUCUGCGAGGAGAUUGUUUGAGGAGAUGCCUGAGAGGAAUACUGCUACAUGGAACGCUAUAAUUGAUGGGUACGCAAGAGUGGGGAAUGUGGAGUCUGCGGAGUUUCUGUUCAAUCAAAUGCCCGCAAGGGAUAUAAUCUCAUGGACGACCAUGAUCACUUGCCAUACUCAGAACAGGAGAUAUAGAGAAGCAUUAGCAAUAUUCAAUGAAAUUACAAACAAUGGGAUCAGUCCUGACGAAGUGACCAUGGCAACUAUUAUAUCAGCUUGUGCCCAUCUUGGAGCACUCGAUUUAGGAAAUGAAAUAUAUCUUUAUGUAUUGCAGAAUGGGUUUGAUCUUGAUGUUUAUAUUGGGUCUACAUUGAUUGAUAUGUAUGCCAAGUGUGCGAGCUUAGAUAGGUCACUUUUGGUGUUCUUCAAGUUGCGGGAAAAGAACCUGUUUUUUUGGAAUUAUGUAAUUGAAGGGCUUGCAGUUCACGGAUUUGCAGAUGAAGCACUAAAGAUGUUUAGUAGGAUGGAGAGGGAGAAGAUCAAACCAAAUGGGGUUACUUUUAUCAGUGUGCUGAGCGCCUGCACACAUGCAGGACUAGUUGAAGAAGGCCGUAGGAGGUUUCUGAGCAUGGUCAAUGAUUAUUCGAUCCCGCACAAAGUUGGACACUAUGGAUGCAUGGUUGAUCUAAUGAGCAAAGCGGGUUUCCUUAGAGAUGCACUAGAGUUGAUAAGAAGCAUGGAAGUUGAACCCAACUCCAUUAUCUGGGGUGCCUUGUUGGGUGGGUGUAAGCUCCAUGGGAACUGGGAGAUUGCUCAAGUUGUUGUUAAUGAACUGAUGGUUUUAGAGCCAAACAACAGUGGCUAUUACAAUCUUGUGGUUAAUAUGUAAGCCGAAGUAAAUAGAUGGGGUGAGGUUGUGAAAAUCCGGGCAGCCAUGAAAAAUCUAAGGGUAGAAAAGAGUAGUCCUGGAUCCAGUUGGAUUGAAAUGGGAAGGAAGAUUCAUCAGUUUGCAGCAUCUGAUAAAACUCACCCAGCUUAUACUGAAAUUUACUUGGUGCUGGCUCAGUUGGAUGGGUUGCUGAAGCUAGCUGGCUAUGUACCUGAACUAACAUGGGGGAUUUAGGCUAAGUUCCCCACCCAUAUGGGGGAAUGUAACAUAUUAAUUGUUUUGGGGUUCUCACUUGAUUUUUGUGAUAACAAGUGAUCAGUCAUUGUAGAAUAUGGAAGAGAAUCUUAUUUA